AUGCAGUUGGAGGACUGGCUCGAUGACCUUUGUGUCCGUUUCAUUAUCAACCUCCCUCCAGAGGAGCUAGCCUCGGUCGAGAGAAUAUGCUUCCAGGUCGAGGAAGCACAAUGGUUUUACGAAGACUUCAUCCGUCCUCUUGAUCCCACCUUACCUUCCUUGUCCUUGCGCACCUUCAGCUUGAGGAUCUUCCAGCACUGUCCGCUCUUCUCACAAUGGUCCGCUCAGCAUCAUACCACCGCCUUCGCCGAGUUCCUGGCUUACAAGUCCCGCGUCCCCGUGCGCGGGGCUAUCAUGCUCAACGAGAACAUGGAUGAAGUGGUGCUUGUCAAAGGCUGGAAGAAGAGCGCCAAUUGGAGUUUCCCAAGAGGAAAGAUCAACAAAGAUGAAAACGAUCUUGAUUGCGCGGUGCGAGAGGUCUAUGAAGAGACUGGCUUUGAUAUCCGUGCAGCCGGUCUUGUCAAAGACGAAAAGGAUAUGAAGUAUAUUGAGGUGACCAUGCGCGAGCAACACAUGAGACUAUAUGUCUUUCGGGGUGUACCCAAAAACACUUACUUUGAGCCAAAAACCCGCAAGGAGAUUAGCAAGAUUGAGUGGUAUAAGCUCACAGAUCUACCCACGCUCAAAAAGAGUCGGCAACACGAUGGUAGUGGACCCGACGUGCCAACAAUCAAUGCCAACAAAUUUUAUAUGGUAGCUCCGUUCUUGAACCCUCUCAAGAAAUGGAUUGCCCAGCAACGAAAGAAGGAGAAUCGAUACAGUUCGCAUCUGAGCGCACCACCUAUGGUGCUUGAAGAGCUCACUACCGAAGACGACCAGGAUACUAACGGCUUUGGGGCAAGAUUGACCGAUACCGUGGUGCCGGUCGUUAGCGAUCUACCUGAAGUCUCUGCACCGAUCCCUAUCGAUCCGUCCGCGGAUUUGAAGAGAAUCCUCAGCAUCGGGCAGCCAUCCGGGGCGCUUCCAUCAGCCGCCGCACAGCCUAGUCACAUGCAACAGGUUGACACCGAGAAAUCCAGUGCUUUACUGGCACUUCUUCGUGGCACCACGGCCGCUUCGAAACAGCCUGAUCCGAGAACGCCAUUCGAACAAGUCUUUUCCCAACCAGAACCACAAAGAUCUUCACAUAUAUCUCAUGUCCGCCCAGCACUUGUGGAACAGCCAAAACCCCCUCCAACAUUCCAAAUCCCCCAACAGGGUGAUGACUAUCCACCAACGCAAGCAGCUUUGAUACGCGACCGAGUACAAAGUCAACUACCACAGCCUCGGGCGCCAUAUCAACAAACCGGAGAUCCUCAAUUUGCGCGCCCGUCAUUGAAUCAAGCCCACAGUUCAAUGGUGCCACCUGCUAGUGCAUUACCGACACUCACCACCCAUACCAAAUCAUUACUUGAUGUAUUCAAAAGUGCCAAUAAACCUGCCGAACCUCCUCUUUCCAACUCAUCCGCUGCACUUUUACAUCAAUUGCUGCCGGCAGCAGUCUUUCCUGCCCCUAAGAAUCAAGCACAGAGUAGCAUACCGCCACAGCAAAGUUCAUAUUAUCAACAAAGACAGGAACAGGUUCCUUCCCCUCUAUCCGCCACACCAAAGCAGGCUGGAAUUUUCCCCUCGCCAGUGGCUGAGAGAAACGAAAACCAGGCAAGUCCAGCUACUGUAGUCCACAGGCCAGAUUCCUUGCAACGAGCAUCGCUCCUAGGUUUGUUCAGUCACCCAUCUCAAGUCACCGCCAGUGGAGCUACCCCGUCGCAAAUACAGUCUCAAACGUAUAGUCUUCCAGCCGAGCUUGCAGCAACUGGUGCAUUUGGAGCACAACGCAGUCCACAACCCACGACAGAUGAUCCUCUUCUAAAUUUGCUAAAGCAAGGAAACCGGGAUCAGGGACGUAAAGUGUCGAAUCGGUCAAUGCCACGAGAAGGAGAAACCGCAGCGACCAUUAGUGGCCCUCUCAAUCAGCCAGUUUUCGACGUGAUAUCUCGUACCGCGAAGCAUGCUGGUAAUGAGCUUGGACGCAGUCCACUUACCUCGAAUCGUACCUUAUUUGACCCCAAACAGCCGACUCCGAUUAAGAUUUUGACGAGACCAGAAGAGCCGAAAACAAACUCACCCCGAUCACCUCGAGGACCCAAACCGACUGCUAAAAGGACACCAAAAGAAAGAGCGACUCCCAAAGCGCCGGUGAAGCCAUUUCAACCCCAGAUUCUGCGUCGACCGCAGACUCUUGAAACUACAGAACAGAUCGGUGAGUCCAAUGGGGGAACAGCCUAUGUUGCCAGCAACCUCGAGUCUGUGCCAUUGGCACAACCCACAGCCCUCGAAACAUCAGAGGCAUUGCCAGCACCUGAGCGUCCUCGAGCCGAAGCUCAUAAACAAACACUGCUCUCUCUAUUUGGUGGACCAGAGAAGACUCCCAAGACUUCAACAGCGCGAGCGGGCUUUGGAACGGUGUCACCAUUAUCGGCCAGUCAGGUUUUGAGUCCUAGUACAGAGGUUACUGUGUCUGGACUUGAACCUGUCUCUACACGAACAUCCCGAGUUGGAAGCCUAACUUCUAUUGGUAGCGGACCUGUUAUUGGACGACCAGCGAUUGAAAAACGACAAACGGCGGCAGAAAACAAAGCAUUUCUCUUAGGAUAUCUAGGGCGUAUUGCCAACCAGGAAAGCUAA